AUGGUCUAUACCUUCCACAAGUACGCCAGUCAAGAGGACGAGAGGCUCAAACACAACAAAGGGGAGAUAAAGGAGCUUUUGCGUAAGGAGCUGCUGAGCUAUGUGGGGGAUAACGUAGAUGAUGAGAAGGUGAAGAAGGAAAUGAACAACCUCGAUAAGGACAGUGACCAGCAGGUGGACUUCCGGAUGUAUGCCCUGGUUCUGGUGGAUUCUGCUAUCUGGUUUAAUAACUUCCUUGAGGGGUCCCCAGCGCUCCACUACCUGCCGUGGAUCUCUUGGUUGAAACAACUCUCUAUCUUUUUAAGUUUGUAUUAA